AUGCCUGAACGACCAAGCCAAUUCUGCGACCGAAAGGUCCGCUUCCUGGCUCCCCCUCAAGAGAAACAGAGCCCGACCUCACCGGCCAGCAACUGUGAUCCGGAAUCUCACUUUUGGGCCUGCACCAGGCGCCUCGGGCAGGUCGAGGACAGAGAACUGGCCGAGGUCUUCGACAAGCUCAAGCCCGUCGACCCGACACUACUUUCGUCGAGCAGAUGGAAGGGCUUCAUCUUUCACACCGGCCAUCCGACCGAGAAGAACGUCUUGGAGAAGAUGAGGUUCGCGGGGAAGGACUUCAUCUCCGCUAACGAGGUGUACCUGAUGGCGUACGACGAGUAUGGAGGUUGGACGAGGUUGGAAUCGUGGAAAGCUACUCUGCGCGAAGUCAAGUUCCGAGGCGUCGUCUCGGCUGCUUUGAUCUACGAUCACAAGCCUAUCAUUGACCAUUGGAGAUAUGUGACGGACGAUGUUGUGAUGGUGGCAUUGGAGGAUGAUGAGAGUUUGACGUGGGGGGCUGGGGUGUUGUAUGGGUAUAUGAAGAGAGUUGUGUUUUGA